AUGAAUGGGUACCUGGUCAGAACCUCCACGCUAUCGCUGUCAAACGUGACGCGUCCAGAUGGACGGGUGUUCCUGCAGACUCCCCCCCAGCCUGUGUUUGAGGGAGACUCUCUGACUCUGAGGUGUCAUGUCCGGGGUUAUACAGCUAACAGGGUUGUCUUUUAUAAGGAUAAUAAAGAGUUACAGUCCCGGGCUGACACAGAGCUGAGUGUGGAUCGUGUUUCAAAGAGUGACGAGGGGUCCUACAAGUGCAAAGCGGAGUGGAGGUGGUACUCCACUUACUCUGGUGUUUCUGCAGAGUUGCGGGUGUCAGUGAGAGAACGACCCCAGGCUGUCCUGACCCGGGAGCCUGCAUGGACACAGAUAUACGAAUCAGAGAGAGUCACACUGAGAUGUCAGGUUCAGGCGGGUUACACUGACUGGAGAUUCACAUGGUACAAAGCUGAGAGGAAUGGUCCAGUAACCCAGGAUUACUACAGCAGUAUAGAUGGUGACAGAUUCACAAUUAGCUCUGCUACUGGAGACCACAGUGGGGAAUAUACCUGUAAAGGUGAAAGGACAGGUAACCCAUCGUACUCUAAAACAAGCAAUGCUCUUACACUGAGAGUAUCAGAGCUGUUCAGCACACCCACUCUGACAGUGCUACCUGGUGCCUCAGUGUGGGAGGGAGAGGCUGUGACUCUGCAGUGUGGGGCUCACAUAAAUAAACAGGGCACACAGCUGCAGUACCGCUAUAGCAAAGACAAUGGGACUGUGAGAGGAGCUGGAUCACUGGAUCAGCACUCAAUCCCAGCGGCAGGGCUGAGAGACACAGGGAGAUACCAGUGUGAGGUGGAGGCAGCAGGGACGGGGCUGAAGAAAAGGAGUGCUUCUGUGUCACUGACUGUGAGAGAGGGACGACCAAAGCCUGCACUGUCCUGGGAGCCUGCAGGAGAGAUAUUUGAAGGAGACACGGUCACCCUGAGCUGUGUGGUUGAGGGGGGCUCUGGAGGCUGGAGAUAUCUCUGGUACAAAGACAGGCAGGGAGCUCCAGUGUACCAGACUGACAGCAGCAGUGGAACUGGAGCCGGAUACACAAUCAGUGCUGCUGCUCUGUCCCACAGUGGAGAGUACUGGUGUGGAGCUGGACGGGGCAGGAACACGUCUUACUCACAAUACAGCCAUCCCAUCUGGGUAAAUGUAACUGCUCUGUUCUCCAGGGUGACUCUGACAGCAUCUCCAGGAGCCACAGUGAAGGAGGGAGAGGCUCUUAACCUGACCUGUGAGGCAGCAGUGAAAAAAAAACCCCGCCCUGAACUCCACUACACCAUUGUGAGAGACGGGGAGCCUGUGACUAACAGCACUGACUCUGCACUGUACAGCAUAGCCAUCACUGAGAAGAGCCACACUGGGAGCUACACGUGUGCUGUGGAGUCACAGGGAGUGGAGAAGAGCAGCCAGGAGCUACACAUUGAAGUGCAAACGUCCUGGCACAGCGCUGCUGCUGCUGGCUUCAGUGUUGGCUUCUUUGUGAUUCUUCUCAUUGUGUUCACUCUGCUUCUCCUCUAUCACAAGAUCAGAGGUUUCCCAUGUAUCACCGGUGGUAAGAGGAGGGAACGCUCGGAUCAGAACCAGGACCAAGCAGCAGGGGGAGUAGAGCUCUCCAGCCAAGCACAGCAACCUGAUUCUGAAGACAUCGUUUACAGUGAGAUUGACACCAGCAAACACAACAAUACAAAGAAAGUCAAACCUGCAGAGACUGACACUGUGUACUCAGCUGUGAAAAUAAGUGCAGGCAAGCCCACUGCAGAUAAUGCAGAGGUCAUGUAUGCCACAGUCCUCCCAAAGAAGAAAAGGAAGUAAAUGAAGGGGGUCCCCAGGAGUGAGAGCCAGCCUGAAUCCAGAGACACUGAGAAGGGGAGCGUGUCAAACUGAAGGAGACAGACCCAUUCUUUCAGAAUGACCUGGAGAGCCCUGGGAUUCAGCUCCACUCCUGCCCCUGAAUUGGAAAUGAAUCUCACUCAUCAUGCUGUGAGGAUUUAGGACAGUUACAGGGUCAUUCUACUUAGAAGGGACACAUUGGAAAUAUAUACCAAGCUUUUUCACUGAACACUUGUAUGUGUGAUAUGAACCCACCACAUUAAACAAAGCUGUCAAUAACAUAUAUGAUAUUUUUAAAUGUAAUUUGAGCUGUAAAUGUAUUGCUGUGCCAAUGUCAGUGAGUACAGUAUAUGAUAAAGAAAUUCAUUGUUUAAAAUAGUUUGAGUUCCUGUACGUUUUCCAGUAUCUCUGUAUAUAAAGGGUGUGUGAGAAAUUCCUAGUUGUAAUUGAAUGUUCUUUGUAAAAUGACAUUUCAAAUCUUAAACUGAGACUUCAGAUGCUGGGAUGUUAAUUAAGUUUGUUUUCCCCCUUCCUUUCUCUUUAACAUUCUCUAGAUCUACUUCAAAGGACUAGAUAUUAGUAACAGAUAUCUAUAUUCAUACAGAUUCUAUAUAUUUAUUGUAUUAUAUAUAGUACAAUAAAAAAACA